ACGCAUGGUAGCACACUUCCCGCAUCUGGUUCCCGACUAUGAUUUACUUCGUACCCUCCUAAUCCAGGAAUCCCACGAUAAUCCUACCUCCGGGCAUUUCGGGGUCGACAAAACUAUGAAGACGCUGCAGCGCAAUUAUUACUGGCCGAACAUGGCCGACGACGUGCGCAAGUACGUGUCCUCCUGCACCCCCUGCCAGAUCAUGAAAUCAUCCCAUCAGCGAGCAGCCACACUCUUACAGCUAUUGGAUCUGCCCAAGAGACCUUGGGAGAAAUCCAUUCCGCUCUAACGCCCUUGCAGGAACCGACAACAGA